UGUGAUGUCAGGUGAAGAAAAUAAAGCAACACUUCUUGAACUUGGAGCUGUGGAACCCUUAACCAAACUGCUCACUCAUGAAGACAAAAUUGUAAGAAGAAAUGCUACCAUGAUACUUGGAAUCCUAACUUCUAACAAUGAUGUUAGAAAAUUGCUAAGGAAGUUAGAUGUCAUGAGUUCUGUGAUUGCCCGGCUCAACCCAGAAGAAGAAGUAGUUAUCCAUGAGUUUGCUAGUCUUUGCCUAGCAAACAUGUCCGUAGAGUUUACCGGUAAAGUGCAAGUAUUUGAACAUGGUGGAUUGGAGCCACUCAUCAGACUGCUGAGGAGUCCCGAUCCUGAUGUGAAGAAGAAUUCUAUUGAAAGCAUUUACAACUUGGCCCAGGAUUUUGAGUGUCGAGCUGCACUUCAAAAACUAAAUGCAAUUCCUCCUGUGUUAGAUCUCUUGAAAUCAGAAUAUCCAAUUAUUCAGCUGUUGGCUCUCAAAACGUUGGAUGUUAUGACAAAGAGUAAGGAGUCCCAGGCAAUGCUGAGAGACAAUCAAGGACUGGACCAGCUUAUUAAUAUCCUAGAAACCAAGGAUUUGGAUGACCUUCACAUAGAAGCACUUUCAGUGGUGGCUAAUUGCCUUGAAGAUAUGGAUACUAUGAUGCUGAUUCAGCGGACAGGGGCGCUGCAAAAGCUCCUUGCAUUUGCAGAGAGCUCUACAGUACCUGACAUCCAGAAGAAUGCAGCAAAAGCAAUUGCCAAAGCAGCUUAUUACUCUGAAAAUAGAAAACUCUUCCAUGAACAAGAAGUUGAAAGGUGCCUUGUAUCCCUUUUGGGUUCGGAAAGCGAUGGAACUAAAAUCGCUGCUUCCCACGCUAUAUCAGCAAUGUGUCAGGACACAGGCAGCAAAGAGUUUUUCAAUACUCAGGGGAUUCCAGAGUUAGUGCACUUGCUCAGAAGUGACAACGAAGAGGUCAGAGAAGCCGCUGGCCUGGCCCUGGCCUACGCGACCACCUGCAGUCCUGUUAAUGCAAAUGCCACUGCUGAAGCUGAAGGCAUCAAGCCAUUAAUAAACACCCUAUCCAGUAAACGCGAUGGAGCUGUAGCCAACGCGGCCACCGUACUGACCAGCAUGGCGAUGCAGGAGCCCCUGCGCGAGGCCAUGCAGAGCCACGAACUCAUGCAGGCUCUCAUUGGCCCGCUGGGCUCGGCCAACACCCUCGUGCAGAGCAGGGUUGCCCUUGCCGUCGCUGCCAUGGCCUUUGAUGUGGAAGCUCGCACAGAGCUAAGAAAUCAAGGUGGGCUGGAGCCCCUGGUGGAGCUCUUGCACUCCAAGAACGAUGAAGUCAGAAGGAGCGCCAGCCAGGCCGUGAUGGUCUGUGCCAAUGAUGAGCUGACGGCCACUGAGCUGUGCAAGCUCGGGGCUUUGGAUAUCCUUGAGGAAAUUAAUCUAUCAGUUAGUCGAAAAAAUAUAAUCAGUGAGGCAGCUUAUAAAAAAUUGCUCAACAAUAACCUUUCCCUGAAAUACAGCCAGACUGGCUAUUUGUCAUCAAAUGACAUAAUUAGUGAUGGAUUCUAUGAUUAUGGUCGGAUAAAUGCUGGCACCAAACUUUUGCCACUGAAGGAGCUGUGCUUGCAAGAACCUGGUCAUCGACGUGCUGUUCUCUUAAUCAACAACAAAUCUUUUUAUGCUUCUCUGUCUAUGGAAGAUAAAUCAUCAGACAUGAGUUAUGGGCGAAGUAUUUCUUCUUCAUCUUCAUUAAGAAGAGCAAGUAAAGAAAAGCCCAAAAAAAAUAGUUCUCGUUUUAGUACUGGAUUUGGAUCGCCCACAGACCUGAAAUCAGAGCCUACUUCGGGACGAAAUACUGUUCUUAGCAAAAGUGCCACUAAAGAGAAAGGACCGAAGAAAGGCAGAGGGAAAAGGGAAGAGGAGAAAAUGAGAGAGGAGAAAGAGGUCCUCGCAACACCAAAGCUGGCUGGAGAAGGUGGCCCUGAGAAAGAAUGGUACCCUCCCCCUGACCCUGGCUUCUGCAUAUAUGUGUAUGAAGUGACCAAGUCAAUCCUGCCCAUGACCAAUAUUAAGGAGCAGAUUGAGGCUCUGGCCAAGCUCUGGCUGAUAGAAUUGGCGUUGGCUGCUCUUUGGUUCGAGGAGAGUAUGGCCGUGCAUGGAAUGAGGUGAAGCUGCUGGACCUGUCUCGGAAGGGGGUGACCGGGUGCCUCCCUGCACCAGACACCUACAUUGUUGACCUCAUGUUCAAUCCUGGGGAACUUUUGGAGCUAGGAAGCAAAGAGGCCAAUCUCUACCAGUUUAUCUAAAUUAAG